UAUAGAAACCAAACUCCCAUUUAAAAAGAGUUAACUUCCUUAUUUAUUGUUUGGACUUAAUCACUGAAAUUGAAAGUUAUUCGUUUUUGUGCGUAGCCUAAUCCUAAAUGAAAUGUCAGUUUCUUUCACUAUUUGCAACGAUGAUUUGUUCUAGUAGCCUAUAGAAUUCAAGUCAUACUAUAUUUAAGGUUUGAAUAUUGCUUAAAAUUUUGUAGGAUGAUCUUAUAGUUAUAGAGUAAUAUAAUAUUAGUGAGGCAGGCAUUUAAAAAAAAAUUUUUUUUGAAUUUUACCCUCUUUAAUCUUCACCUUUGACUUAAUUUAACGUCUUUUAAUGAUCUUUUACUCUUCUAUAUAGUCAGUGUUUAGUUUAGUUCCGUAAAGCUUCUUUGUGUUGUCAAAACUAAAACUCUAAAAUCUUUGGCCAAAUGUGAUUUCUAAACCAUGUCACCAUGUGAACGCCUGUGUUGUUAGCACUACAGUUAACCCUGUACUGUACUGAGAAAAUCGUAAAUUUGAAUAAAACAUCAGAAUUAUUUUUAAAAUAUUCAAACUAAUAAAAUAAAUGAAAACCCACCAACUUACAGUUUCAUCGAAUGCACUUUUACACACUUGAUCAAUUAAAGAUACAAAAGAUGUCAGAAAAUUCAAAAUCCAUUUUUCAAAAUGAUCAGUUGGUCAGAUUUGUGAAAUAGAUAGCAUUAGCAUCAUUUUGAAAUUUUAUAAUGGACCCCCCAAUAAAAUAUUAAUUUAAAAAGCCAUCAAUCAAAAACAUUCCUCCUGCAUAUUAAUUUUAAAAAGGGAAAAGUUAACCCUAGCAACGUCACAAAUAAAAAAAAAGACAGAGAAUCCUACACAGAAAUAUGGCACGGAUUGAGUAAAUUGACCCAGUAUUCACUUUAUUCAGUUCAGCGGAAUAGGGUUGGCUGACAGGUUUAGGGUUGGCAUCAGCCAGGACUGGUGCAAUCUACUCUUUUCCUGAAAACAUGACAUUAGCCCAUAUCCAUGAUCAUCAGACUCCAAUUAUCAAGUUUUGGGUUAUGUCUAUAAUUAUCAUGAAUAUGCACAACUGAGGGGAACAAUAAAUUUACUAUGUAAAUCCUGGAUUAUGCAUAGGCCAGAGCUAGUGAGCAUUGAUCUUUAUACACUUGUCUUUGGUAAAUUAUGCUUAGAGCGCAUUUUGCUCUGCCUAAUACCAGCCUUUGAUUUUGAUUUCUUUAUUAUUUUUAUGGAUUUCAUUGCAUUAUUUCAUUUCCUGAGCAUUUAAAUUUACUUGAAUUUUAAUAAUUAAAUUGUCCUUUCCUAAUCAAUUUUUUCAAAUAUUCUUCUUGCAGUUUCCUAACUAUGAAUACUUUAUUAAAAUUUUAUUGGUAAAUUUUAAUCAAUAUUUAUAGUCCUUUCUAACAUUGAGAUGAAUUUUUCUUAAUUUUUUUGUAUGCUCAACAAAAAAUAAAUCAAUUGGAGCAAAGUUAUUUUCAAAGGGCAUUGGUUGAGUUUUGCACAUUCAUUUUUAUGAGAAAUCAAAAUUGAACGCUAUCCAAGUUCAGAUAAUUAUUCACUGGCAUGAGAAAUGAUGGGGAAAAUGAAGAGAAACAGUUAAAUUAAUUUUGUUAAAUUGUCCUACUGGUCAAGUACCUUGAAAUGUUUUAUAAUUUCUAAAAAUAAACAACACUCUGGCCUGACUGCAACUACCCUGGUACCGUAAAUAUAAAUCAAGAAAUAAUCAAUUACUGUGUCCAUGUGUUUUAUUCACAAUCAGAAAACGUUGAAUCAAUUGAACUAUUGACAUUCUUACAGUGAUAAUUGUUUUGCACUUUUUAAGAUCAAAUUUUUUCAAAAUUUUAUCAAAAUUGUUCAUUUAGCCAAGGUGAAUGCCGAAAGUUAAGUUUGUUUUAAAAUUAUUUCAGGCAGAAUUUUCACCACGUGCUGUUACAGGUUUGCUACUGCUGGUGACACAUUAAAAUAUUAAACCAAAUGUCAACUAAAGUUUACUAGGAUAAGUAAACUACAGUAACAUCUCUCCUGAUACCUACUUAAUGUUGAUGCUGGUUGGUUAUCAAUUAUUCAUUACAUUUGAAAAAAGACUUCAAAUGUAUAGGCCUAUUUGUUGAAAUACCACAACUGAUUUGACUGAUAGCUGAGAAAACUAUUUAUUAUAGAAUAUGGUAAGAGUCUAUUAAAUUUUCUUUUAAAAAAUGUGAUUUGAAAUAGUUGUGUGCAUCUAUAUUUAUAUAGUAAUAUGUAGCAGUCCCAUCAUUUUCAUUAUUUGUUACAGUUUGAAACUAUCUAAUCAACAGUAUUAAAUUAGUUACAUUUUAAUCAAAUAUUUUCCCCUUUCAGUUGAAGAAAAAGAAAAUCCCUUAAAUAUAUACCACAUAAUUAUCUAAAAUUAUUCUAUUUAUUCACAAUAAUUAUUGACAUAUAAUAAUGAUCAGAUUGCGAGAAUUUUUUAAUGAUUUUUGUUACAUUUUACAACUAUCUCUACAGGAUUCAUCAAAAACACCUUCUUGGGGGGCUCCUGCAUCUGGUAUUUCUCAGAACAGCCAGCAAAGUCCUCAGAAAAAUAAUCCAUAUUUUCAAUCUGGGCAACCUCAGAAUUUUAAUCGCCAUCAAAGACAGAGUCCCUAUCAGAAUAAUGCUGGUCGAGGUAGAAAUGGAAGCCCAAAUAACUUUCAGGAAAGAGGAGACAACGACACUGUUGUAAAAAGCUUCCAAAACUUCAGUUCAAGUAAUCCCUUCAAUGAUCUAGGCAAAAAAUUCAGUAAUGAAAAUCCUUUCCAAAAAAAUAUUAGUCCAGGUACUGAUAACAGUUUCCAAAACCGGUCUCAAUACUCCAGUCCAAAUUUUCAGCAACGUCCUCGCUUCCAGUCCAGCCCUAUUCAUCAAAGUGGAUUUCCACCACGUUUCAGUCCUCAUACACCAUCAAAAAAUUUUAAUACACCAUCCCGAAGGUUUCAGACACCAUCCUCAGCUGGAUAUUCAAACGACUCAGCCUCUCAACAUUUUAACUCUUCUAAGGUGACUUUAAUGAAAUUUUACUUAAAUAUUUUCAAAUUACUGGGUGUAUAUUAUACUUAAGACAAAGUAAUGAGGGUUUUCCAAUCAUGGGUACCUCUUUUCUUUUUUUUUUCUCCUUUUUUUUUUUUGAAUAUAAUACUUUAAUUGAUUUUUUUUUCGCAAAAAUAAAAUAAUACUUAAAUAUAAAGCCAGCUGUACAGUUUUUGGGAAAAUAUAAAAAGAUCUAUUUAACCUAAAAUUUCAUAUUCAUUUCCAUUUUCUCAUAUUACUCACUAAAUUUACUUAAAUAUUUUCAAAUUACUGGUUGUAUAUUAUACUUAAGACAAAGUAAUGAGGGUUUUCCAUUCAUGGGUACCUCUUUUCUUUUUUUUUUCUCCUUUUUUUUUUUGAAUAUAAUACUUUAAUUGAUUUUUUCUUCGCAAAAAUAAAAUAAUACUUAAAUAUAAAGCCAGCUGUACAGUUAUUGGGAAAAUAUAAAAAGAUCUAUUUAACCUAAAAUUUCAUAUUCAUUUCCAUUUUCUCAUAUUACUCACUAAAAUCUAUGACAUUAUGGAUAAGCCAACGCAAAUUUACAAAAAUUCACUUCUAGUUGACAUUCAAAGAGACAGUAAUUUCCAUGCAAAGUGUCUAAUGCAUUUUGCUAAUACAGCAUGGCUUAAACUUAAAAUAUAUAGGCACACAUAACAGACUUUUACAUAUUUUGCUGUGGAUUUUUCCAGAAUGCUUGGGAGUUUAAUCAUUUUAAACCUGCUGCUGCUAUGCUAUUGCUUCAGACCUACAUUAUUAUUAUUUGGAAUCAUUUUGAACAUUAUUCUGGAGUUGAGUAAAAUUACUUACCAGUAAUAUUAUCUUUACUUUUUUUCUCAUGAGAAGCCUUACUUUCAAAGGAACAAAAGUUUGAAUAAUCCUGGAGGCAGUGAUAACAUUCAGGAGUACAUCCAUCCCAGCAUGCUCGAGGAUCCCUGGAAAGAUCUGCCUGCUACACCUAUGCUUCAAUCAUACUGA